GCUGGGGCCGCCGCCGCUGCUGCUGCUGCUGCCGCCGCGGCGGGGGCCGCUCGCGAACCUGUGGCGGUGACGUGAGACCCGCCAACCCGGAAACGGCGGCGGCGGCGGCACCGAGGCUCCUGCGCUCCAGCGCCCGCGGCCGCGCUCCCUUCGCCGCUCGCCCGGCCGCCAGGAGAAGAAAUCGAGGCCUGGAGUUUGAGUAAUUCGUUCAAGGUUACCAAGUGGAUAGAAGGACAAGAACAGAAUCACCAGCACUGGCUGAAGCUUUCUUUCAGUAGAAGAGGUACCUUAACAUGGGGAAUCUUCUUAAAGUUUUGACAUGCACAGACCUUGAGCAGGGGCCAAAUUUUUUCCUUGAUUUUGAAAAUGCCCAGCCAACAGAGUCUGAGAAGGAAAUUUAUAAUCAGGUGAAUGUAGUAUUAAAAGAUGCAGAAGGUAUCUUGGAAGAUUUGCAAUCAUAUAGAGGAGCUGGCCAUGAAAUACGAGAGGCGAUCCAGCAUCCAGCAGAUGAGAAGUUGCAGGAGAAGGCUUGGGGUGCGGUUGUACCACUAGUAGGCAAAUUAAAGAAAUUUUACGAAUUUUCUCAGAGGUUAGAAGCAGCACUAAGAGGUCUCCUGGGAGCCUUGACCAGUACCCCGUACUCUCCCACGCAGCAUCUAGAGCGGGAGCAGGCUCUCGCCAAACAGUUUGCCGAGAUUCUUCACUUCACACUCCGGUUCGACGAACUCAAGAUGACAAAUCCUGCCAUACAGAAUGAUUUCAGCUAUUAUAGAAGAACAUUGAGUCGUAUGAGGAUUAAUAACGUUCCAGCAGAAGGAGAAAAUGAAGUAAAUAAUGAACUGGCAAAUCGAAUGUCUUUGUUUUAUGCUGAGGCAACCCCAAUGCUGAAAACCUUAAGUGACGCCACAACAAAAUUCGUAUCAGAGAAUAAAAAUUUACCAAUAGAAAAUACCACAGAUUGUCUAAGCACCAUGGCUAGUGUAUGCAGAGUCAUGCUCGAAACACCGGAAUACAGAAGCAGAUUUACAAAUGAAGAGACAGUGUCGUUCUGCUUGAGGGUAAUGGUGGGUGUCAUCAUACUCUAUGACCACGUACAUCCAGUGGGAGCAUUUGCCAAAACUUCAAAAAUUGAUAUGAAAGGUUGUAUCAAAGUUCUUAAGGACCAACCUCCCAAUAGUGUAGAAGGUCUUCUAAAUGCUCUCAGGUACACGACAAAACAUUUGAAUGAUGAGACUACCUCCAAGCAAAUCCGGUCCAUGCUGCAGUAGCAGCCGCGGCGCCUGCUGCGGACGGAAGGCAGUAUUCUGCGCUGGCCGAGAGUGCACAGUUUGUAGUGAUUGCAGUUACGAUCAUGUACUCCUGCGUUUCCUUUCUUUCCUCUGUUCCUCCGCCUCUUUUUUAAUCACGUUCUUGUUCCCAAGACUUCUUUUCUGUGCCAAAACCAGUAAAGUUCUACUCCGAAGGGACGCUGUCCUUUCGAACGGGCCAUCUAAGGCAGCUAAUUCCGCAUCGCAUUGGGGUCUCUACUGAGAAGAAAAUUCUGUGACUUGAACUAAAUAUUUUUAAAUGUGGAUUUUUUUUGAAAACUAAUAUUUAAUAUUGCUUCUCCUGCAUGGCAAAACUGCCUAUUCUGCUAUUUAAAAACCCUCAACGACUUUAUUUUCUACUGCCGCUUUUUUCCUGUGCAGCCAAAAUGAAAAUGUUUAAAUUAACUGUGUUGUACAAAUGGUACCCAACACAAACUUUUUUUAAAUUAGUAAGACUUUUGUUUAAAGUUUUAAGUUUGCAUUUUGACUUUUUUUGUAAGGAUGUAUGUUGUGUGUUUAACCUUUAUUAACUAACGUUAAAAACUGUGAUGUGUGCGUAGAAUAUUACGUAUGCAUGUUCAUGUUUAAAGAAUGGCUGUUGAUGAUAAAAUAAAAAUCAGCUUUCAUUUUUCUAAUGUG